AUGCCAAUUGUAACCAAGGAACCAAGAAUAAAGAAGGAGAUUAAGAAAAUAGCAAAAAUGGAGCGCGCAGAUUCCCUAAAGACCAUUUACGAGCAACUGGAAACAAAUGAAAGUCAAAAAUGUAUAUAUAAGCUCGCUAAACAGUGCUAUCGCAGCACAAGGAUCCCGCUAGAUGUAGGACUGUUAAAGAAACAAAAAAAAGAAGAAAAAUUGUGGACCACAUUGAUGCAGGUAGCUGUACCCUUCUUUAUAGCUGGCUGCGGUACCAUCGGAGCUGGUUUGGUGCUCGGCAAAGUUAGGGAUUGGGAUGUUUUUAUAAACAUAUCGGCCAUUUUCGUUCUUGUGCCCUCACUGUCAGGACUAAAGGGUAACCUGGACAUGUGUCUCGCAUCUCGACUGUCAACGCAGGCGAAUUUAGGCAACAUGGACUCCACGAAGGAGGUCAUCUCGAUGGUCGUUGGAAACAUAUCAUUGGUUCAGGUUCAAGCUAUAGUGGCUGCGACUGUGGUCUCCAUAUUCGCCAUCGUGGUGAACACGAUCACGGACCGCGCCAUCUUCGGGCCCUAUGUCCUCCUGCUGGUCGCGUGCGCCGUCUUCACUGCUACCACCACUUGCUUUGUGUUGGGUAAGUUGAUCGCAUGGGCAAUGCUAUAAGGGAGAAUGCUUUUUUUGAAAAGGAGAGGCUGGAGGGUACUUCCACUAAGCUACCUUGGAUUCGACGAACCUGCAGCCUGAAUGAUGAAUGAACGAUGAUAAAGCCUGAACCUGAUGAUGAGUGAUCAUCGUGGCUCAUGGAAAUGA